AUGAGCAUGGAGUCACGUCCAGGAGUAACUGCUGGAGUUAAAGCAGACCUGGAAAACACUGACUUUGGUGCAGCUGCUGCAAGAAUUCAAAGAAGAUUAAAGCAAAGGAACACGCCGCUAAAUGUUGCCAUCACAGGAGAGUCGGGUUCUGGGAAAUCAACUUUUAUUAAUGCUUUCAGAGGCAUUGGUGAUGAAGAUGAGGGCGCUGCACCCACUGGUGUUGUGGAAACCACCUCACAGGUUACACCGUACCCCCAUCCAAAGUAUCCCAGUGUUAUCUUGUGGGACCUCCCUGGAAUCGGUACUACCAGAUUUCCAGCUGAUGAGUACCUGAAGCUUGUUGGAUUUGAGAAGUUUGACUUCUUCAUCAUCAUCUCAGACCCUCGCUUCAGAGAAAAUGAUGUAAAACUUGCUCAGGAGAUUCAGAGGAUGAAGAAAAAGUUCUACUUUCUUCAGUCAAAGGUUGACAAAGAUAUACGAGCCGCGAAAAGAACCCGGAGAGAGUUCAAUGUGGAGAGGACACUUUCAACCAUCAGGAAGAACUGCGCCCAAG